CGCGCGAAGCACGAAGGAGACGACCGCGAUGUCGACGCGCGCGACGCGCGGCGCGGCGUCGACGCGCGCGAUCGAGCGCGGCGCGACGCGCGACGGGCGUCGUCUUCGGCGGAAUCGUCGCCAACGGUCGCGCGGGACGACGACGACGACGACGACGGCGCGGGCGUCGCGAACGAACGACGCGCGAGCGAGGGAUCGGGAUCGGGAUGAUUACGACGUGCACACGGUGAUGUACGGGGACACGCUGAACGAGAUCGCGCGAGCGCACGGGACGAGCGCGGAGGCGGUGUGCGAGGCGAAUGGGAUUCGGUUCGACGACGAAGGAAACGACGAAGACGCGCCGGCGCUGUACGUCGGACAGCGGCUGUUGAUUCCGACGACGAAUGAUGAUGGACGAUGGAGACGAGGUGAAGUGGGAGAGUACGGGAGUCGACGGACGACGGCGAUGAGCGAACGAGAACGCGACGCGGAGUUCGCGCGAGCGAGACGGUCGAGGAGCGAACAGAGACGGAUGAGCGCGCCGACGACGCGAACGCACGCCGUGGUGAGCGCGAGCGCGGUGGAAGAGUUGACGCGAGAUGAUGUGGUGGGGAUGCUGACGCACAGGGACGAGACGGUGAUGCUGCUGGUGGAGACGGAGAAUUGCCGAUGGUGCGACGACGUGCAGCCGGCGUGGACGGCGGUAGCGGUGUGCUACGCCAACGACCCCACCGUGCGCGUGUGCCGGCUGAGAUGCGAUAGCGCUGAGAUGAAGCAGUUUGCGGCGAAAUACUUUCGCGCCAAGACUUUUCCAACCAUCGUCGCUUUGCCCGCGGGCAAAGGGCCGGUGUACCGCCACGCGAGCGCCGACAGAAGCGUCGGCGCUUUGCUCGAGUUCGCUGAAGAAGCCACGGGUCGAACAGCGCCUACAUUGGCGAUUGACUUGCGCAAAUCUCCGCAGAGCGCGUCGUCGGCGAUGACAACGCGACGAGGGGUGUCGGCAGCGAGCGACGCGUCGUCCUUCUCGCGCCAAACGGCUCAAAAUCCAUUCAACGCGCUGACUGGCGCACUCGGAAGCACGCUAGGUUUCGACGGCAACAGUGGCCGAUCGAGCGUCGGUGUGAGCGCGACACCCUCAUCGCAAGUGCUUCCACUCGCAGCCGGGAUCACGACGCUCGCGAUAUUCGCCGCGGUGGCGAACGUGGCGGUUGCGGCGCGAAACGCCGGCGCGAAACGCCAACCGCGCAGGUUGGGUCGGCAUUUCCACGAAGAAGAGUUCGCGGACGAUCACGAGCCGUUAGAUGACUACGACGAAGCCGUCAUGGAGGUUUCGUCGCAAAACGACGCUCGGCAGCUCGCAGAAUGGCGAGACAUUGUCGUCGAGGAAUUAUUUUCGCUUCCGAGCCGCGCACUAUUGUUGAUUAGGAUUUGGUUUCUCAUCGGUCGACGAUCGGUCGAGCUCGGCAAGUCGCGAAGUAAAAAUGAACGUCGCGGUGGUCGCUCAAGAGAUGAGUACGAAGUGGACGAGUAUUACGAAGACGAAAGGCGACCGUUUCGGGACGACGGCGAUGCUAGACGGGCGAGGCCGUCUCGCAACUCGCGCGAUGAUCCGACGUACUACUAA